AAGGUCUUUUCCAAGCUAGCUGAUUCUGUGAUUCUUUUGCCACAGCAGUCAUUAGCCUUAUUUAUAAUGUGUUAGGUGUGCUUGUGAUUUUUUUUUUUUAUUUUUUUUGUAAAGCCCAGUGGCUAGCUCUGUUUUCAGGGAGCAGGAAAUGGUGCCAUAUCUAGUCAACCAGAGGAGAAUCAAACCCACAGUUUGCGAUAAACUGCUGCAAUAACCGUAGAGUAAGUUAUGAUGGGUGUUAUUCCUUUGCCAAGGUAAAAGCAAUGUUAUUUUACACCAGAUAAAGCCAGGUUCUUUGCACCGAUAUGAAUGAAGGAACUGGAUUGUAAUUCUUUUGUUUCCAUUACUUCCAUUAUUUAUGGGCGUGCACAGUGGAUUAGGAAGCUGAUCCAGCAGCAAAGAGCCCUCCCACGUGCUGGUGUUUCACAAGUGUUCAAACUCAUGCUGCGAGGGAAUUAAUAUGUUGUGCUUGCAAGGAACUAAAUGCUAGAUUUGUUUGUGCAUUUUGUUAUUUUAUUAAAAAGCGACGUUUAAGUACAAGAAAAUACAGCAGUUGAUCUCUUUAUUUAGAGUAUAUGUCCUGGUUUUGAUAGAGAUGCAGUGAAACGCAACUAGGAUCACGAGAGCUGCUUUGAGUCUAAUCUUUUCUAAUGUACGUUUAAUUGAUUUUACUUGUAGCCUUAUACUCCUGUCAUUCGUUUUUGUAGUAUGUAGUUACAGGUUAGCAGGAAAAAGUAGAGCAGGAAACUUUGGCAGAAAAAACCUAGAUAUAAAGAUAGAUGGCACUGUUACCUAAUCCUACUUUUAUGCUCUUAUUUUAUGUUACUGUCUUCAUAAAGUCUUAUAGUCUCUCAAAUAUUUUAACAUAAAACACCAUGAAUAUUUCAUCAUUAGACUGUGGAGAAUAUGUUUGCCUCUUUAUAUUGACAUGAAGGCCAUUUACAUUUGUAUAUUGAAAAAAAACCAACCUACAACCCACUUCCCUUUUCAAAGACAGCAGUUUGUAGUAAGAGUUCUGUCACAAGGCAUUGUAACUGUGAAACAAGUAAGUUGUAACAUGCACUUUACCUGAAAAUUCAGACUCUAUUAUAGUGCAUCCGUGCUUUCUUGUAGGAUUGCCUUUCAGGAGCAUUACAUGCUGAAGAGAAGAGUGGAAGCUCCCUAGGAUACAAAGGUUUGAGGAUGAGCAAGAUUCAUUUUGUGAUUCAAGUGGUCUAGAAAUAGAAGAAAAGACCAUUAAUUGGUCUGAAACUGAUGAAGUUCAAAAUACAGCUAUAUAUGUGGAAACAAAGAGAAAGUUUAGUACAGCAGGAAUAUGCGUUGCAACUCCAGAAAAGAGAGCAUUUUCUAACAGAGCGAGAAGCAGUGCUUUUUAGACAUGAAGCAGCUUUGGCUAAAAUACGAGGUGUUGAGGAAGAAGUUCACACAAAAUUUGGAAUUAUAAAAGAGCAACAUGAGGCAGAAGUUAAACAGCUGACAGAAGUCUUGAGAGAAAUAACUAAAGAAAAUAGGAGGCUGAAGUCAUCAUUUGACACCUUGAAGGAAGUGAAUGACUCUUUAAGAAAACAGUUAAGUGGUGUAACUGAGCUGAACAAGAAGUUGGAAGGUCAAGCAAGAAAAGUACAAGCUCGUUUAGAGAAUCUUCAAAGGAAGCAUGAGUUGUUGACAGUACAGAAGUCUAAGAAUAUAUGUCAAAUGGUGCAACAAAGUAAACCUGUCAAGCAGGAAAAAGUGAUGGUAACAUCAAAAAAUGCUAAGCUACCAACGAAUUCACAAGUUUAUGAGCUCCUAACUUUUCUUAUGGAUUGGAUCUCAGACCAGCAUCUUAGCAAAAUAAAAAUACAUGAAGAAAGAGAGGACAGUCAUAAACCUGUGGCUAUUGAGACCUCAAAAAAGAUCUGCACCCAGGAAAGAUGUUUGAAGCUUUUGCCUAUAGCUAUUGAGCAACUCCAGUGGAUGCCAUUUGUGAAUCCUAAACUACACAUGCCUGUAAUUAAAUUUAUUUACUGGUCUAUAAGACAGCUAGACACUGGUGUUCAGCAUGCAACAAUGACAUCAACAAUGAGGAGACUUGGUGAAGAUAUUUUCAAAGGCGUAGUAAUUAAGGGAAACCCACAUAGUUCUUCUGAACAGUCUACAGAGACUAAAUCAAAAUCGGCAGCUUUUUUUAAAAGUUCCUAUAUGCCUUUGAGAUUUCUCUCAACUUUAAUUGUGCUUAAAACAGUGACCCAAGUGGAUUACCUGGCUCAGGCGUUUGAUUCCCUUCGAACAGACUUGAAGACAGAUGAAGGGAAGGCCUUAUUUUUGGAAUAUGAUUGUGUGCCUAUCAUAUUAAGUCACUUAAAAGUAUCCAGUAGAGGUCUGCUUUCCAGUGCUCUUGAUGGAUUACUUCAGAUGACCACAGAAUCUGGUUUUGUACAGCCUUUCCUGGAAGCCUGCAGUAAUGAAUCCUUCUUCCGAACUUGCUCUCUUUUGCUUCGAAGUUCUAAGCUAGAAACUCAGAUUUUGGAGAAGAUGUGUGUGAUGCUGCAAAAACUCUCCAGAAUAAAAAGUAAUAAGAAGAUGUUUGAAAUGUUUACUCUUCACCAAAUGAUCCAAGAACUGCACAGGACUACAAAUCCAGAUCAUGUUUUCCUUUGUAUAAACCUCAACUCGAUUCUGUUAAAUUUGGGAUUGUCAAGGAGUAACUCUCUUACCUCUCCAGUUUAAGCACAAGUCAGUAGAAUUAUCAUUCAAUCUAAUUAUUGUUCUGUAUGUUUUAUACCAACUGCCUAUGUUACUUGAAAUUUGGAUUUUUUAAUUUUUUUUUUACUGUUUUGUAUAAAUUAAUUAAGCAGAACCUCAGUACUGUAUAAGUUACUCUGUAUUGUGUGGAAUCUCAUUAGUAUUUCCCUCACUCAUAAAAAGGAAAAUGAAAAAUUGCAUAAUAUGUUAAAUGGCUUUCUUCAUUGAAAGAAGUGAAAAUAAUGCUGCUGAUCUGAAUGAUUCAUGUAUCCUAAGGAAUUGGAUCCCUUGAGUCAGCAGAUCAGAAAUACCAACCUUUCCUUACCGGUAUGACUCUUGGUUAUCUUUGACUCUUCAGAGAGUUUCAUAAAUUCAUUUGUUUAUUUUAUGGUUGAUAGGUAACGGACAAGUAUCUUAUCAAAUUAUCUUUUAAGAUAAUUACAGUUGUAGUAUGACUUAACUAGAUGUGUUGAACGAGAAAUGUUUUUGGUUUGAUUUCAGAAUGUCUUAGUGGUUUUUGAUCUUUUCAUGUAUUUAUGUAACAGUAUUUUAUCCUGCUUUGUAUGAAUUUCUAGUGUCACUUUGGGUUGUAAUAUCUCUGCAAAUGUAAAUAAAAACAUUUCUUAAAAUGCCUGGUAAUAGUAGUCCCCAAUGUAAAAUAUUUUAUUGUUUCUGCUAUAUUUUCUAUUAAUUUGCAGUACAAUCCUCAUAGUACCCACAUUUCUGCAUGUGAUGAAUAUACUUUUCAUCUGCCACAGUUCCGUGUUCAGAAGUUCUUCCACGUAGGAAAUAGGAUACUUCCUAAAAAUUCAACUUAGUCUUCCGAUUUCUGAUUUGGACUGUAAUUACUGAAACUCUUUAAUUAUAAAAUUGAGACUCUAGUUAAAAUUUAAAGAUCUGCUGUAUGUUAGUCUUUCACUAACACUGGCAGUAUAAAACUUCAGAGUGGUUUACUUCUCAAUUUCAUACUUUUUUUUUUUCCCCUUGGUUUUCCUUUGUAUUUUUUAUCAGAACUCUUUGAACUGAGCCUUUGAAGUUGAAUUCUAAAUGCAGAUAUUUUUGUAGCAAUGUGACUUGUGUUUCUGACAAGCUUUCCUAUGAAAAGAGUCUACACUACGUUUGGCACCAAGUAUGUCCAGAAGAGAGAACGAGCAGCGCAUACUCUUUGGGCAGGAAAUGAAUUCUAGGUAAUUUUAAAAUAACACUAAUAAGAGCUAAAAGCUUUUGCUGACAGUGUGUUAUGUUUUGGAAUAAGGAUUUCUUCAUCAGGCGUUUCGGAUUUCUGUCAGAUUUACCAGAAGUGCAAAAGCUUGUGUAUACCUUUGGCUGGAGACAAAACCCUCUUAUUUAGGAAGUGCGUUCCCAGUCCUCAUGUGCUUCUCCAUCUACUUGGUUAUUAAAAAUACUAAAAUAACCAAAAAGCUAUAGAAAGUUAUUAGGUUUCCUCCAUCCACAGGAAUGUUGACUGUGCUUUUGGCUAUCAGCCUUCGUCACUGUGGUUUGUUAAUCUAACCUUUCUUGUGGUACCAAUUUAACACUAUGUGUUCAUCUUAUAAUUGCAAAGGUAAUGCAAUAAAAAGCACAUAGAGCAUGAUGUAGCUUUUACUAUGGGUCCCUUGUGUUUUCUAUGCAUUGGAAUUUAUAGUCUGACAAGAUGAAUCACUGUUCAAGUUUUUAUGAUCUAGAAUGUUUCUGUUAAAAUGCAAAAAAGUAUUUUUGAAUCUGUUACAUAUUAAUGCAAUUAAAUUGAUUGAUGAACUAA